GCGGUUUUUUAGUCACAUGAUGCACGUCUUCUCCUCUGUAGCGCGCAGAAGUAGUUUUUGAAAGCGGGCGGGAGCGCGUAUAACUGUCUGGUAGUAGAGUGUGUGAGAGGGAAGGGUGUCAGACUCACCGGAGACGGAAUACAGACGUAUAUUUUAUACAGGGACCGGCGGAGACGGAAUACAGCCGUAUAUUAUAUACAGGGACCUCCGGAGAGAAGACGUCAUCACAAUGACUGUGGAGAAGAAAGGAUUUCAGAUUAAAGAAGCCUUUGAUUUGGCUCAGAAGCCGCACCAGAACCUCGCCAAGCUGGUCACCGGGCUCAGGACCACCUAUGACCAGAUUGAAGACAAAACCAUCUUUCUGGAAGAAUUCGUUCACUACCUGAAAUACCCCUUGAUAGUUUACAGGAGGGAGCCCGCUGUGGAAAGAGUUAUGGAUUUUGUGGCAAAGUUUGUAACUUCUUUUCACAACUCUAAUGAUGAGGAAGAUGAGAUGGAUGAAGAAAACUCCCCAGUCAAUUAUUUAUUUAAUUUCCUUCUUCAGUCCCAUGUGGCAAACAGCAUGGCAGUGCGGUUCAGGGUUUGCCAACUUAUUUAUAAACUACUGGUAAAUUUACCUGAAAAUGCUCAAAUUGAUGAUGACUUGUUCGAUAAGAUCCACGAUGCCAUGCUUAUCCGAGUGACUGACAGAGUACCCAAUGUGCGGAUCCAGGCGGUUCUGGCGCUGGCCCGUCUCCAGGACCCAAGUGAUGAGAGCUGUCCUGUAACAAAUGCAUACAUGCAGUUACUGGAAAAUGAUUUGAAUGCAGAAGUAAGAAGAGCAGUGCUAUCCUGCAUUGCACCCUCUGCCAUUACCUUACCAAAAAUUGUUGGGCGCACUAUGGACGUUAAGGAACAAGUCAGAAAACUUGCCUAUGAGGUUUUGGCUGAUAAAGUUCACUUAAGAGCACUUACCAUUGCCCAGAGAGUUAAGCUUUUGCAACAAGGACUUAAUGACAGAUCAGAGGCAGUAAAAGGAAUCAUGCAGAAGAAGCUACUGCAGUCCUGGUUGAAAUACACGGAGGGGAACAUCUUGGAACUUCUUCAUCGUCUGGAUGUGGAAAAUUCUCCAGAAGUUGCGGUCUCUGCACUCAAUGCAAUGUUUUCUCUCUCAUCUCCUAAUGAGCUUGUGGAGAAGUGCAAAAAUAUUGAUGAAAGGAAACUCAUCCCGCUGGAUACUUUGACUCCAGAAAAUGUUUUGUAUUGGAAAGCACUUAGUGAGUUUGUUAAAUCCAAAGGUGACGAAGGCGAAGCUGCACUAGAGCAAAUUUUACCAGAGCCAGCUGUGUAUGCAGAGUAUCUGUUAAGUUAUCUUAAAACGCUUCCUGUACUGACUGAGGAAGAAAAAGCAGAUAUGACUAAAAUUGAAGACCUGAUGACUAAAGCAUUUAUUGGGCAGCAGCUGAUUCGUAUAAUAGGCUGCUUGGAUACCAGUGAAGAGGGAGGAAGAAAACGUCUUCUUGCGGUAUUACAAGAGAUACUUAUCAUGCCCAAUGUUCCAACAUCAUUUAUAUCCCCUCUGGUGGAGAUCCUACUCCGCGUUCUAAAGGAUGAUGACCGUAGAAUCGUAACUGUAGCAGAAAUGAUUUCUGAGCUCCGAGAGCCAAUUGUCAUGGUUGACAAUCCACCAGAUGCUGCAGAGUCCAGGAAACUACAAGUGAAGAUUGCUAAUAUAAAAGUGCAACUUAUGGAAGCCAAGCAAGCCUUGGAGGAUGUUAUAAAUGCCCAAGAUUUUGGCAAGGCUUCUGAAUUAAAGGAAAAGGUGUCUGAGUUGGAAAUGGUGAAAGCGCAGCUUAUUAAAGAAGCAGAGGAACCAGAACUUAAAGAAAUACGCGUUGAAAAGAAUGACCCUGAAACGCUUCUAAAGUGCUUGAUUAUGUGUAACGAACUCCUAAAGCACAUUUCACUUUCUAAAGGACUUGGAGGAACGUUGAAUGAGAUAAUUCAAUCACUGAUACUUCCAGGAAUAACCAAUGUUCAUCCUUCUGUAAGGAACAUGGCAGUUUUGUGCAUUGGCUGCUGUGCCAUGCAAAGCAAAGACUUUGCAAAACAACACAUGACUCUACUUCUGCAGAUAUCGCAGCUUGAUGAGGUCAAGGUGAGGACCAGUGCCUUGAACGCAGUGUUUGAUCUUCUUCUGGUUUUUGGACUUGAUAUUCUAAAGCCAAAGGAAGAUGCUGGUGAUAACCCCGAAAAUAAACAGGCAGACGAAACAGAGGUGGCCCUUGAGACUGAACAGUCUGACUCUGAAGAAAAACCUGAUGAAGAAAUAAUAACGGAGACUUCUGCUUUGAAUUCCAUAUUAAAGAUGUUCUCCGACUUCCUGGACAGUGAGGUUCCAGAAAUAAGGACGGAAACGGCUGAAGGUUUAGCCAAACUGAUGUUCUCAGGAAGAUUGAAAAGUGCCAAGCUCCUGUCACGUCUGAUACUUCUGUGGUACAAUCCAGUGACUGAAGAGGACACUAAACUGCGUCACUGCCUUGGUGUCUUCUUCCCUAUCUUUGCUUAUUCGUCUCGAUCAAAUCAGGAGUGCUUUGAAGAGGCUUUUCUGCCUACGCUACAGACCCUCUUUAAUGCCCCAGCGUCUUCUCCACUUGCUGAUGUUGAUGUAUCCAAUGUUGCUGAACUGCUGGUUGAUCUAACAAGGCCAAGUGGAUUAAAAGCACAAAAGAAUAUUGCCCCAGAUUAUCAGAUUUCCACAGUACAUGACAGCUUGGCUCUAAAAAUAUGCAACGAGGUUCUGAAGGAUCCUACAUCUCCAGAUGUUCGUAUUUAUUCAAAAUCUUUGUGCUCCCUUGAGCUGUCGAAAGAGUUUGCAAAAGACCUUCUGCCAGUUUUGGACAUUGCUCUAAAGGAUAUAACAGAUAAAGUGUGCGAGAGGGCAUUAGAAAAGGUCAAGAUGCAAUUAACUAACAACAAGAAUUCCAAGGAGGAAGGUGUUGUCGCACAGGAAGCCACAAGUGUAGCGAACGUGCAAGAAAACAAAGAAGAAAAAACAAAUGAAGAAAAUGAUGAUGUCUUUGAAGAACAAAAUGCUGACUCAUCAAAAAUGAAGUCUGUAAAAGGGAAACCCAGCAAAGGUCGCAAGAAAGCGUCUUCUGUAGGCACUAGGAAGAAGAGUAGCCGGGCUUCUGAGCAGGCGGAAGGCGAUGGGGGCAAAGGGGAAGAGGCUCAGACGUCUACAGUCAGUGCAAGGCCAUCAAGAAGAGCCAAAAGCAUGGCCAUUGAAAAAACGAAAAUGAAUCUCUCCAAACUUUUAAAUGAAGAGGCAAAUGCACAGUAAUGCAGUUUUGUAAUAUGAAUACAGAUCAAAUGAUUCUAUGACUGUUAAAUAAAAGUGCCAUGUAUGUGCACAUCAACUUUAAUAUGCUGUAUAAUAAAAGUAACUUGCUUUUUGUA